GCUUUUAAAAAUGCAAUGCUAAGUUAUAACCAUCCUCUGUCACCCAUCCCACCAUUAAUUCCCCCUCCGCCACAGUGUCUUCAAUUGAAAACCUAUCAGUACAAACAGUGCUAUACUAAUCCCACCCAACCCUGUCCACAUCCCAAUGCCCACAUCUCAAUACUGCCUAUUUUGUUCUCCACAGGUGUUGGGAAGUCAUGCCUCUUGCUCCAGUUCACAGACAAGCGCUUCCAGCCAGUCCACGACCUCACCAUCGGAGUGGAGUUUGGUGCACGCAUGAUCACCAUCGAUAACAAACAAAUCAAACUUCAGAUCUGGGACACAUAGCAUAGGGUGCAUAGUGGUGGGGGACUGAUUGUGGCUGACAUUUAUGGGCUCUUGUGAUAAGAUGGACAUCAUGUUGAAUGACGUAGCUACUUUGAGAUAAGAGGAUUAAAUUAGGAUAUUUUA